AAUUACAAUCAAACAACCAUGCCUACUUUGAUUCUAUAUGGUAGCAGCUACAUUGAAAGACUUCGGCGCCAUUGUGAUGGAGACCUAUGUAUUUCUGGCGUGAAUACUGUAUUCUUUGGCAGGGGUGGUUUGAGGACAGACAGGAUGGACCAGCGAUUUGUUAGGCAAGCCAUAGCAACAGGUGCAGAAUUUGCAUUCCUCCACGUCGGAGGUAAUGACAUCUCACCCACAUCUACACCAAGGGAGAUUUUUGAAAGAAUUGUCGAGUUGGUUUUUACAUUCAAUAAUGCUGGAAUGAAGAAGGUAUGGGUGGCCGAAAUCAUCACAAGGGGAAACUUCAGUAAAGUUCCUGGUCUGACAAAAGAGGCGUAUGAAUGUCAACGGAUACGUAUAAACCAACUUCUCCUGGUCCAUCUUCAAACCAGUGAACUGAUCACCGUUAAUACAGGAAUAAAGAAGUAUAUGUCCAGAAUCCGAAGAAUCAUCGCCUCCACACAGAAGCAUUAAGAGGAAAUACGUAUCAUAAAACGGCCCUUUUUAGGGCCAAUAACUUUUAAAAAAAAAGCACCCAAAUGAUUCACUCGAAAAACGCAAAAUAGAUUGAAAUAAUCAGACUGUUAAAAAAAGUACGAAUUUAACACUUCAAACAGUAUCCUCUUAAGAA